UCGCAUCAGUUCCAGCAUCAACGCCACGGCGCACGGAGCCAGCGAUUCUCGUUUCGCGGCACACUCAGCAGCAGCAGUAGAAGCCCCAGCAGCAGGAGCAGCAGCAGGAGUAGCAGCCAGACAGCCAGUGUAACGCACACACACACGUCGCACGCAGAGGCGAAGGCCCGAAAGUGAUUUUUGUGGCAAGCCAUUUUCUAAAUUUGCCAAACAGACAAUUAAAAAGGCAUUAGGCCAGCAUGAGGCUGCCACGCGUUGGCCAACAAUUAGCAGCAACACUCGACGACGGCGAGCCAAACACACGCACAACUCUCACACGUAAUCAAAAGUGAUUUCUCUCCGUGUGCUUUUGCUCUGCGUGCGAAUAUCGAUUGCUGUCGCCUUGCAUAAGUCCAGAGUCUGGGAUAUACAAAGCCAGGGUAUACAGCGAAAUAACAGCGAAAAUAACACCCUAUAAUAGAGCAGCAACAACAACAACAACAACAGCAACAGCAAUAACAACAAUAGAAAAGCGUUGCUGCUGCAACGCCCAAUGCACAAGCACAACGAACGCAGUCGAAGGAAAUCAAGUUUUAAUUAUUCAUAUUGAACACAGCAGCAAGCGGAUAAUCACGAUAAUGAUCAGCAUCGUGAUGAUGAGGAUGAUGAUGAUGAUGUUGCAGCACCUCCAGCAGCAUCAGCAGCAGCACCACCAACUGAAGCAGCUCCAAAUGCAGACAAAGUGAAUAUCCAACAAUCGACAGCAACAACAACAGCAAUAACAACAACGAAAAGUUUAUAUAUAGCCUUAGCUGACUUGGAGUUGAAGGUGUGCGCGCGUGUGUGUGUGUGUGCGUGCGCGUGUAUAUGUGCGCGCGUGUGUGUGUGUGUGCUUGCUAACAUUUAUUUUUGGGGCCAAAAUGGAUAUCGCCCUGCGUGGCACAGCAGCAGCAGCAACUGCCACUGGCUCGGCCACAGGCACUGGUUUACAUCAUGCUGUCUCAUUGGGCAACAUUGAGGUCUCCACCAAGGUUGGUAGCACUAGCAAUGAGACACUGAGCGAAACGGGUGCCACCUAUUCCAGCCACAUGGAUCGCAGCUACGACUCUGAGGACGAGCACACGAGUCGUCGACGUCUGCGUCAAACACUCUCCACCGAAUUGCAGCCUCGCACCUCCGUCUAUUCGCGGGGCGACAUAAGAGAACAGUACUGCCUAACCGAUCGCCAGCUGCAUAGCAUUGAGCAGCGGCCGCGCAGAGAGCGUUUCUUUGGCUGCCUCUCGCGCCGUGGCCAGACCCAGGCGAGCAGCUUCCUGGGCGGCUGUGUGGGCCGGCGUGUGCCCUCCGACGAGAAUCUGGCUGCCUAUGCGCCCUUCGAGAAGUAUCCGCGCUAUCAGAACAGCUAUACGGACACGCACGAAUUGGAUAGUUCCUAUUUUCGCCGUCAACCGGCAUCGAUCUUGAGCUCUGGUAAGUCCAGUGAGCCGGACCUGGGCGGUCGCUACAACUGGAUUGGUCAGUCGGCGCAGAUGAACAACAACGGCGACUAUCAAACGGAUUCGAGGGCAACUUGUUGUACAGCACCACUUGAAUCCUUUUACCAGGAUGUUUUGCUACGGAAUUAUUAUGUCGAGCUUUGCGCUCCACCACAUCCUACACCACCAACAUCACACACCAAUCAAAUCGCUAAUGUAAAUGUUUGCUCGUAUCACUGCCCCACAUACGCCACAAUGCCGAUGCCGCACCAACAGCAGCAGCAGCCACAGCAGCAGCACCACCAGCAACAGUCUGGCCAUCCCAGAACGAAACACGUGAGUUUUGCUCGAUCUCAUACCUUGACCAGCUUUGAUGCUGUCAAUGCGGGCUUUCGCAGCUCGGGCCGCUUGAAAAGCGCACGCAGUCAGGAGCGAUUGAUUGGGGGCAAGAAGCCCAUCAUUGCCACGGGCUCCAUGUAUGAGACUUUACAGCCCAUGCUCGCGCAUCAACCACAGCCACAGCCACAGCCACAACAACAACAACAACCACAGCAGCAAAGCUCAAGUCUGCCCAAAACUUGGCUACCAGCUCAAGUGCAACUGAAGCCAUGUCAGCACCACCAUGCACCCAUUCACCUGCAUCAGCAGCUGCCAGACAACAUGCUGGGUCUGAUUAUACCACAGCCACUGCCAGUGGCGCUGCCACCGCCCAGUCCCGAGGUUCUCAUUGUGGAGAAAAAGUUUCGCAAUGCCAUGAAAACGCAAGCGACGCAGACCGACGUGGCAGCCCGUCGCGAGGGUCUCUCCAACUCGCAGACCCUGCCCUUCAGUCCGCGUGCGCCGCAUCGCAUCAAGGUCAUGUCCCAGGGCGCCCAGACCAACGGCCUGCAGAAUGGCAAGAAGCUGACCAAAAGCCUGUCGGAGAUACCCAAUGGCAAGGAUCUGAUGCAUCAGCACCAUCAGGGCUCCGCCUAUCCGCACGAAUUGAUAUAUCGCACCCAGUCGCAGGAUGUGGUGCCGCUGCAAACGCUCUCCGAUGCCCAGAAUAACAUAAUGUACUACAAGCCGCCGCCGCCGUUGCUGGAUGCGCACAGCUACGGCCUGGGCAUGGAGCACUUGAGUCGCGGCCGUGGCGAGCAGAACGUGGAGUAUGUGAACGUGAAUGCCGCCGCGAUGGCGCUGAACGAGAGCUUCGACUACGAGAGCAACAGCUUGCCGAGGCGCGCCUGCACGUCGCACGCUCGCACCGAGACGGAUUACUACUCGAACAGCUUGCCCAGGCACGCGGAUGCGCUGCACAGCCAUGAUGUGUGCAAGCACAUCACGGAGUGCGCCGAGCUGAUGACGGACAGCGUUCCGCUGGACUUCACGCGGCCCCAUCUACUGCCGCCGCCCAGCGAGUACUGCAAGAACGACGACGAGCCGGCGGAGGAGUUCUACGACGACGAGGAGGAGGAGGAGGAUGUGCGGGCGCCUGAGACGGAGAGCUACAGCUCCGAGGUGUGCAUGGAGCAGGUGUUGGCCGCCGCCCAACAGCGGCGCAUGUCCAUGCUGCCCAUGGAGGAGUCGCCCUUCCGGCGGGACGACAUCCGGCGCCAAUCGAUGCCCGUCUACGGGCAAACGGAGAAGCUGAUCGAUGGCUUCGGGCCGCGCAGCUCGUUCCGGCAUCGCGAUAAGGUCAGCUGCUUUCCGGACGCGCCAUCGCCGCGGGACGAGCAGGAAAUCUUCAUAGACUUCAAGCCGCACGUUUCGCCCAAGCCGAGUCCCAAGCAGCAGCUGAAGCAUCGCAAGCAGCACAAGGCGGAGAUCGCCAUGCGCAAGAUGCAGCAGCAGCGGCUGGCACAGGCGGCCGCCCUGACGCUGCCCAAGCUGAAGCAGCAGCCAGCCGAGAAGGAGUCUAGAAAGUCUGAGAUGGCACACAGCGACGAGGAGGAGGACGACGAAGAGGAGGAGGAGAAUGAGGAGGAAGAGGAGGCAGACGGUGAACAGGCGCACCCCGAGCACGAGCCAGACUCCGAGCAGCAUCAAGCAGACGACGACGAGCCGCUCUAUGAGAACAUAACUCCAUGCAGCUGUAAGAUGGAGCCAGCUGCUCCGGAAGUGCUGGACAAGCGCACCCAGUUCCGCAAGCGUUCGGUUAGCCUGGACGACGAUUAUACGGCCGAGACAGCUGUCUGCCCAGCGCCAGGCCUCCGGCUGCCCUCCACUCCGGCCAGUCCUUGCCGCGACGAGCUGCUGCUGGCCAAUGCCUCAACCUAUCCAUCCUCGGACUCGCUGGCCAACGACAACACGCGCGAUCACUCCGACGGCAUUUGGAACGAGUCGCAGGUAACCGUGCUGACUGCCGAGCAGCGGGACAUUUCCGACGGCUCCUACAGCUCCAAUCUGCUGUUGACGCCCUCAUCGAAGCGCAAGAAUCUGCUGCUGCAGCAUCAGCAGCGCAGCUCCGUGGACACGGAUGCGCUAGACCUCGAGGAACUGAGUCCCACCUAUGGCCUCCAGACACUGCCCAAGAUCAUAAAAGCGCCCACGCCCACAACCACAAAGCCCGCCACAGCGCCCACUCAACCGAUCAUAAUGCCCGCCAUCGCGGUGACGCCCUCGGCCAGUCAGCUGUCGGACACGGCCAGCUCUCCUCUGCCCAAGCGCAGCAUGGUCUCGCGCGGCUCCGUGCCCGAUGCUCGCCAGCUGAUGUACGUGACGGGAGUGCCCAAGCAGCGCCACUCGGACGCCUCGUUUCUGCCCUCUGGCGGGGAUUACGCGCGCAGCGCUGACAUUUCGGAGUGCAGCACGAAUACAGAUGAGUAUGCCACCUGCACGGACACAUCGAAACGUACUCCAGGUAUUAAGACACCGCCGACAACGACUAGCUCAUCGUCGACGACACAAGUGCCAGUAUCCACUCAGAGUUCCCAGCUGGAGAAGACGCACGCCGGCAGCUCGUUCGAGAGUGCCAGCUCGCUCUACUCCAUGCGCGAGGAGCUGCUGCAGCAUGACGAGAGGCCUUCGGUGAAACCGACGCAGCUGAAGUCUCCCCUGGGCUCGGCGACUGAGCUGACCCGAAAGUCGCCCUCGCACUCGAUCAGCAGCACCGCCUCGUCGGGCAGCUGCCAGGUGUCGGGUCAGGCCAUCAAAUCGCCGGCCAAGGAAUGCGAGCCUCAGACCGUGAGCAGCGCGCCCAGCAGCCAGGUGAAGGUAAGCGCGGCGGAAAUUGCGCCGCCACCGCCGCCGAAGCCCAAGCCCGAGUCCAUAUCGGAGGAUGAGCGCAGCGAGGUGCGCUACUCCUCCUCCGGCUACUAUGAGAGUCCGCACGAGGAGGACGACGAGGAGCAGGUGACGCCCAGCUGCAAGGCGCGACGCCAGCGGCAGGAUGACGAGCGCAAGCGACGCAAGACCAGCAUGAAGCUGGACAUUGAGAAGGAGAACAUGCGCGCUUUGACCAGCCCCAUCAAGAAGCCCCAGAGCGCUGCCAAGGUGCAGUCGCCGGAGCAGCACAGCGCUGGCAUUCUGGAGGGCGGCGGCAGUCCCAGCAAGAUGAAACGUUUCCGUCCCAAGAUACGACGACAGCUGCGCAAAAGCUCCAGGGAGGAUGUACUGGCUGCGGCGGCUGCUCGACGCGCUCGUGCCACGCCCACUAUGUAUGGCCUGAGAAGCGUGAGCGGCGAUACGGAGCUGCUGCUGGAUGCGAGCAUGACGAGCAUUAUGAAGGCAACAGGAGCACCAGCAUCCGCAGCAGCAACAACAGCAACAGCUGCAGCAGCUACCACUGCAAUCACAACCACAACCACAUCCGCAUCCUCCACGGGCACGGCCACGCUGCAGGAACAGUCGCCGCAUCCCAUCGCGCGCAAGCCACACAGCUGUGCCACGCCCACAGCGCUGCUAUCGCCCAAACAGCCAACCGCAGCUCUGCCCGCCACCAAAUCCGCCUCCGAGGCUGGCCAGCUGAAGGCAAAGUCCAUCGAGUCACUGCGCUCCGUGUCGCCUGGCUCCGACUCGGUCUUCUACAGCGAGGCCGACGGCAAUGCGGUCAGCGGGGAACAGGGCCAUUGCCUGCACUGCGGCAAGGAGGUGGAGGGGAAGCAGCACACCAACACGGUCAGCGAGCUGGUGGGUGACUCGGUGGAGUCCAUACCCUACAUCGAGCAGGAGCCGGACAUUGUGAAGCCACCCUCCGACUUUGCUGACUCGCCGGUGACCACAAAGACCACCCAGCGUCUCUACAAGAAAAUGGACAAACGCUUUCGAUCCGAGGAGCGCUACCAUGGCGAACGCGGCAGGCACUACAAGACCCGGCAGGAGAAUAUACGAGCGAAGAGUGAAGAGCGCGGUCGGGCGCCUAGUUUGCCCAAUACUCCGAUACUACGACCCGCCGGCUCCAGUCCCUGCGUCCUGCCCGACAUCAAUACGGAACAGAGCCAGCAUAUUAUCUAUAAGGGGCACUACGAUGCGGGUCGCUAUACGCGCCUGACCGAUGACGAUCUCUGGACACAAUUGGAUCACCAGUGCUUCGAUCGUUCCCGCGAGCGACGCGCUUCCACCGAAUCGGAGAAGGGCUUCCAUGCCAAGUACCAGGUGAUCUUGCAUCGCCUCGUUCAGCGCCGCUGCACACUCGAGAUGUACCAUCGCCAGAAGCACAACAAUUUCCGCGUGGACAAAACGGUUGUGGUCAAGAGCGAUUCGGGUGAGUUUGGCUUUCGCAUUCAUGGCUCCAAGCCUGUGGUGGUGGCUGCCAUCGAGCCAGAGACGCCGGCGGAGAGCUCCGGCCUAGAGGUUGGCGACAUCAUCAUAUCGGUCAACGGCGUUCAGGUGCUGGACAAACAUCACACCGAGGUGGUCAAGAUAGCGCACGAUGGCUGCGAAAAGCUGGAGCUUCAAGUGGCGCGCACCAUCGGCGUGCUCAUGCACGAGCAGCUGGAGCCACCCAGCCAGCCCAUCUUCAGUGGCUACCUGUGGCGCCAGAGCGGCCAGGCCAAAGGUGCGCCCAACGCCAAGAAGUGGGUGAGACGCUGGUUCUCGCUGCGCCCAGACAACUGUCUCUACUACUAUAAAACCGAAGAUGAUUCUCAGCCCGUUGGCGCCAUGAUAAUGGCCAAGCAUACUGUGGACUUGUGCCCCCCGGACAUAGGUAAGCCCUUCGCCUUCAAGGUGGACUCCGGCGAGGGUAUACCCAUGUAUGUGGCUGCCGACUCAGAGGAAUUGACCAACAGAUGGUUGAAUUUGCUGCGCCAAGCGGCCAAUCAGGAUAAUCAGUGGCUGGACAAGAGUGCUCGCUGCCUGUACCAGAGCCCGGGCAGCAUUGUGCGACCCGAUUGCUUUGGCUAUUUGCUCAAAUUGGGCUCAAGGUGGUGCGGCUGGUCGAAACGCUAUUGUGUACUUAAGGAUGCCUGUCUCUAUUUUUAUCAAGAUGCAAAUAGCAAGAGUGCAUUCGGCAUGGCCUGUUUGCAUGGCUACAAAGUGGCCUCGAUGUCAGCCAAUGCGUCCGGCAAGAAGAACUCGUUCGAGAUAAUACCACCAGAGGCGAAAUUGCGUCAUUAUUAUUUCUGCACCGACAGCGAAAUGGACAAGAAGCGUUGGAUAUCCGCACUGGAAUACUCCAUAGAUCGUUGGAUCAAGUCCGGGUAACUAAGGAUUAAGACACGCUCCCGUUCGGCGCUCAGCAGUCGACGCAAGCGUCGCAGUUUUAGCUACUACAUGGAUUAGCUAACGUCUGGGCGGGGCGGGUAGCAACAUUAGUACGGGUACUAGGUACUACCAAAAACUAGCUCAUAAGCACAUACAAACACGAUUUAGAAGAGGAAGAAGAACAAAUUAUAUAGAAAAUAGUCCAGAGUUUUUUAUAGUUAGUAAGGACGAGGAAUUAGUACAGUCAGGCGAACCGGGUUUAAAACUAUUUUGAAGUGCGCAUACCUGAAGGUGUGUAUUCUUGUUAUACAUAUUAGCUUAUAGCCUAUGUUUAGUGAGGUUGUCUUGUUAUACACACACAUAGAAACACAUACACAUACACAUGCAUAUAUAGCAUAUAUAGUAAACUUAGAUAUUGUACAACAAAAAGAAGAUUCAUUAGGCUUAAUUAAAUUGAAAUACUUACAUAGGUAUUCAAAGGCUCAACCAUAUAUAUAUAGAUACUUAUAUAUAUAUAUAUAUUGGAUAUCCAUUUUAGACGGGUAUCUUAGACAGUGAGAUAAUAUUUACAAGAUUGAAAGCAACAACUUUUGUCAAAAGUAAAGACGAAACUAAAAAAAUAUUAUAAAAAUUCAUGACCAAUUUCAGAAUCAUCCUAUAAUAGUAAAUUUAUCAUAAAAUCUCUUAAUAAUGAAAUAUAUAUAGAUAUUGGCUGUACCAGAAAGGUUUAAUAUUUGUCUCAGUUCCGGUUUAAAUUAGAGAAAAUGAAAAUAUGAAAUUUAUAUAAGUGAAAAUGGUUUUCGUCCCCAUUGGAAACACAAGUUGGAAAAUUAAGAAAGGUUUUAUUAGUUAGACACAAUUUUUAUUACGAUAUUAUAAUUGAAUAGAUUUUUGAUGAAACAUUGAUAGACUUGGGUUAUGCAUAUGUAUAUUCAGUUCUGUUGUUGGGGAUUGCCAGCAGGUUCUCGUGGCUAUAGGAAAAAUAUGACAAAUGCUUUAUGAGUACGUUGAGUACUUAACAAUCCAGUAGUUACUUUUGUCAUAUAUGCGAAUAUAUGAACAUAUAUGAUCUUAGACGUGCGCUGAUUUCCCUUCUUUUGUGGAUCGGUGUUGGCAUAUUGAAAUACAACAAAUUUUUUGUUAGUGUUAAAAACACACACACAUGCACACACUGACAUACACACACACACAUGAAUAUAUUUUAUACUUUUAAAUAGAGUUUUCCAAUCAAUGAGUGUGCUAAUUCGUUUAGAUAAUAUUUUUUUAGUAUACCGUAUAUACAUACAUAUA